AUGGCCGGCGCUGUCUCCCUCCACGCUAAUGUGCUGGCUGCUGCCGUCUCGGCACAUGCGGCUCGUAAAGCGCAGAUCGGCAUGUACGUGGGCGUAGCGCGAGUAGCGCUCAUCGUCUACGAUAUCUUGAUAUGCCUCGGGCGCGAGUCGCGCUACGUCUGGAAUACGAAGUUCCGGGUGUCCAGCGUCUUGUACUAUGCCGUUCGCUACCCAGUACUUGCGUAUCAGAUAUUCUCCAUCGCAUAUACGCCGACAACCCCUCAGGUCAGUUUGAGCAUUUGCAACAUUCACACAGUAGCUUCAAGUCGGAUUGUGCUGACAUCCCCGACAAGUUGCGACACUAUCAGUCAAUUCUGCUUCACCUUAUCGACUACAUUCACACGCAUUGCUAUCGUCUUAUCCUUCAUCAUGCGUGCAUAUGUUGUUGUACCCAAGGUGUUCAUUGCCUACCUCGCCAUUGGCUUUCUCGCUGUUGUCGGCCUCAUGUCGAUCAUUCUGGACGUGGUACAGACUGCCCAGAUGUCGUGCACUGAAGCAUCCAAUCCUUUGCCGCCUCCAGCAUUCGUUGUUACCUUCCUGUCUCUACUGGUCUUCGACGUGCUCUCGUCGGCUCUGAUAACUUGGGGCGUCAUCCGCAUGAUCUCAGAUAUGGGCGGAUUCAGGCGUCUGAGCUCUCAGCAUAUCGGCAAACUCAUCAUCCGUUCCGGCGCUCUAUACUUCUUCAUCAUCACAGGCUUGCAAAUAGCAUCUAUAGUCAUCUAUUGGCUUCCGCAGGGCGUAUACAGCUUGGUCCUGAACAACUGGCUGAUCACGCUGUCUGCGGUCCUUGUCACGCACUUCUUACUCGAUCUGAGGGAACUCGUACACGGCCGCACGGAGAACUCGGGUUCCUCUUCGAACCUACCGACUAUGGCUUUCGCAAAGUCGCCGGGGGCAAAGAAGGACGGCUUCGACAUCAGUCUCGGACUAGUCGACGACUUCACGGAUGAUACGUUCGAGUUGACAGAUACGAGUGGCGUGCGGACUCAAGAUGACCGGGAGUGGGCACGUCAUGCCGGAGGGGAUGAGUCUGCGCAGGUUACGUCCAUGGCUUGGCCGCUUGAGGAUCUUGCUGCAAGAGCACGGAGAGUCGAGGAGGAGCUAGGGUUUACGGAACAGUUGUAA